GGAGGGGCGGGCGGCCGGAAGCGGCGGCGUGAGGGGAGGAUGCCGCUGCCCGUCCAGGUCUUUAACCUGCAGGGUGCAGUGGAGCCCAUGCAGAUUGACGUAGAUCCACAAGAAGAUCAGCAAAAUUCACCUGAUAUCAACUAUGUGGUGGAGAACCCCACGCUGGAUUUGGAGCAGUAUGCGUCCAGCUACAGUGGGCUGAUGCGAAUCGAGCGGCUGCAGUUCAUCGCUGACCACUGCCCACAGCUGCGGGUGGAAGCUCUCAAGAUGGCUCUGUCCUUUGUCCAGAGAACUUUUAAUGUUGAUGUGUAUGAAGAAAUCCACAGAAAGCUGUCUGAGGCCACGAGAGAACUGCAAAAUACACCUGAUGCUGUCCCUGAUAGUGGAAUUGAACCCCCUCCUCUUGACACAGCUUGGGUUGAAGCUACACGCAAGAAAGCUCUUCUUAAACUGGAGAAACUCGAUACAGAUCUGAAAAAUUACAAAGGGAACUCCAUCAAGGAGAGUAUCAGGAGAGGCCACGAUGAUUUAGGUGAUCAUUACCUGGACUGUGGAGACCUCAGCAAUGCUCUCAAGUGUUACUCGCGAGCCCGUGAUUACUGCACCAGUGCUAAACAUGUCAUCAACAUGUGUCUCAAUGUUAUCAAGGUCAGUGUCUACCUCCAGAAUUGGUCUCAUGUUCUGAGCUAUGUUAGCAAGGCUGAGUCUACACCAGAAAUUGCAGAACAAAGAGGAGAAAGAGAUAGCCAGACACAAGCAAUUCUCACCAAACUGAAAUGUGCAGCAGGCUUGGCCGAACUAGCUGCCCGGAAGUACAAACAGGCAGCAAAGUGCUUCUUGUUGGCAUCAUUUGAUCACUGUGAUUUCCCUGAGCUGUUAUCUCCCAGCAAUGUGGCUGUGUAUGGUGGGCUCUGUGCCCUUGCUACAUUUGACCGUCAGGAACUGCAACGAAAUGUUAUCUCCAGUAGCUCCUUCAAAUUGUUUUUGGAGCUGGAGCCACAGGUUCGUGACAUCAUCUUCAAGUUUUAUGAAUCUAAGUAUGCUUCAUGCCUGAAGAUGCUGGAUGAGAUGAAGGACAACUUGCUGCUAGAUAUGUACCUUGCACCUCAUGUCAGGACACUUUAUACCCAGAUUCGAAAUCGUGCCCUUAUCCAGUACUUCAGCCCCUAUGUGUCGGCAGACAUGCGCAAGAUGGCCACUGCUUUUAACACCACAGUGGCUGCUCUGGAAGAUGAACUCACUCAGCUGAUCUUGGAGGGACUGAUCAAUGCCAGAAUAGACUCGCACAGUAAGAUUCUGUAUGCUCGAGAUGUAGAUCAGCGCAGCACAACUUUUGAGAAGUCUUUACAGAUGGGCAAAGAGUUUCAGCGCCGUGCCAAAGCAAUGAUCCUGCGAGCCGCAGUCCUGCGCAACCAGAUCCAUGUCAAGUCUCCUCCGAGGGAAGGUAGCCAAGGGGAGCUCACUCCAGCUAACAGCCAAUCCAGAAUGAGCACCAACAUGUGAAAAACUUCGUGCACUACCAAAAGAAAUGGUCCCUCAGGACUGUACCCAGUGUCUCACCCACUAACUGCUGAGCUUCACAAACUGUCCCUAUCUCCCUCACUUCUUGCUCGGAUUGAGUCAGGGUUUGGUGGUGGAUAAUAUGAAUAUUCCAAUAACUUCAAUUCUCCUUGAAAAGAAAUUCUUUUUAAAAACAGCAUCCCUAAAAAUGAGUCUUCAUUUCAGUUUUGGUAGAAACCUUCACUCUCCUUCCACCACUCCAUAAAGAGCUUCAGGUUAUCCGUACAGAUGCUGAGUUGAGAGUUUUUCAGUUGCUAAUAGUUUUCUUGUUUCAAAGUUGCAAAAAUAGUUAGUUGAAUGGACAGACACGAUAUAAGAUUAAUUUUGCUGGCCUGAAAGUAUUGCCUCAAUUUUGAGCAAUGCUGAGCUUUCUUUUUUCCAAAUAAACUUACAAGUGCAUUGCUCUCAAUUUUGGAACUAGAGUUCUGAUGGGGGAAGGAGAUUUCCUUUGAGAAACUCUUGGAGAAUUUUCACCUGUACCAGAAAACAUGGCAUUGCUUCCAUGCAUUCAGUCACAGGCCUUUAUUUUAGGGUUUUAUGUUUACCUGCAGCCGGGUUCUCUCUCUCUCUGGUCUCUAUUUUCAAAGAACUGUUUCCUGAUGUGUUUCCCUCUUGUGUGUGACCUGGCUUUAGGGUCCAGUGUUAUCAUAGCAGUAAAUCUCUACUUCAUGCAAAUAUUGCCGUCUGCCCAGUCUUACUGCCAUAGUGUGUGAUGGGUUCCCCGCAUGUGCAACAGUUGUUUUGGGUAGAAUGGAUAAAUGCCAUAGAACACCACUCAAGUCUUGUGGAAGCCCUAAAAAGAGUAAGUCUAGUGCCCACUCUCCAGGUGCAUUUAUUUUGCUUUUCUUUUUAUAAAGGGGUUAAAGGUGGCAGCCCAGUGUGUGUGUGUGUGUGUGUGUGUGUGUGUGUGUUAUCCUCCUGUGUUCAUGAAAAGAGAUAUGCACUGAAUUUUCUGAAGUCACUGCUGCCUUUUAUUCAUCUAAUCCAUAAGGCAAGCUGAGAAUUUUGAUCCAUCCCUGACUGGUCUGGCAAGUGACUACAGAUGUUACUUUUAAUGUGUUCAUGCUUUUUUUUUAAAAAAAAAAAGUUGUUAUAUCUAGUGCAUUAAACAGCAGGAUUAAAAAACUUCUGAGUAAAUGGAA